AUGAUUAACGAGAAUACAGUAGUAAAGCAUUAUGCGAUCCUCAUCGGUGUCGACGCUUACCUCAGCGGACCCCUGACGAGCUGCGUACGAGAUAUCCAGAUGAUUCAGAAAUGCCUCGAAGAUAAACUGGGCUCGGUUGAACAUACUUUGAUAGCAAGCAAGAGCCCCGAUCCGGAGAUAAUUACGCCACUUGAAGACCCAGAACGCUGGCCGACCUGUUACAAUGUGACUUCGGUUUUUGAAAGAGUCACGUCUCAAGCAAAGCCUAAAGACUACGUCUACAUCCACUACUCUGGUCAUGGCACUAGACUGCCACCGUGCUUUGAUCUCUCUAAUCAAUCAACUGGAGAUUUGGCGUUGGUUCUCCUCGAAGGAGACCAAAGUCCAGAAAUAUUUCUUCGGGGACCUAGACUUGCCCGCCUCCUCAAAGAAAUGGUGGAUAAAGGAUUGGUCCUUACUCUUGUUCUGGACUGCUGUUUCUCUGCGACUGUCUACCGGAAUAAUGGCCCUGGUGUCCGAUACCUCCCGUACGGCCUGGUGGCGGCCUCAACGCAUUCUUUAGACCCUAAGGAUAUUCACAUAGAGAGGAGCACUCAUCCUACGAACCGCGAUGUAUCUAUGCGCGACAACUGGCUGCUGGAACCGGAACGCUAUGCCAUUCUAGCUGCUUGUGGACCUGACGAGAACGCCAAGGGGGGUUCUGAGAAAGGGUUAACAUACAGGGCUUUGUCCUAUUUCUUAUCCCGAACGCUCUCUGAUCAUGGGCUCGGGAGGAAACAUAAAGAAAUAUAUCGUCAUAUACGUGCUAUGUUCUGGGAUUCCUCAAUGGUGCAACAUCUCGUCCUGUAUGGAAACGGGGGCCAGAGCUUCUUCAAUCCACUCAAAUCGCACCGCGGUGUAAGGUCAAUCUACAUCAUCAAGCGUGAAGGAAGCCUUCAGCUACUGGCCGGCGAAGCCCACGGUCUCCAUGAUGGCGAUCAGUUUACUGUAUCUCCUUCAGGAUGGACAAGCGGCAAUGGCGCUAAGGAAAAUUAUAUCGCCAAAUCACAUGUGCCAAGGCUCUAA